GACGUGGCUGCAGGGCGUAUUUGUUUUCAUCGUAAUCGAAAUUUGUAUGCUGUGAAUUGUUUUCUCUUUUUCGUAUGAAACGUAACGCUGAAAUUUGCAAUGAAUACGUGAGAAAGGCUGCUCAUUAUACCGGCAUAAUUAAUAACAACUCAUACUUUUAAAGCUACAUACCAUAUAUGUUUUGAUCGCACACUACUAUGACAGCAAUAUAUCACAGAGUUUUGAUUUUUAUACUUUGUUUCGCUUUAACAGCAAGUGAUGAACACACUCACAAAUAUGAGGAUAAUGAAGAAGUAGUACUGUGGAUGAACACAGUGGGGCCUUAUCACAAUCGUCAAGAAACUUAUGCUUACUUUUCUUUGCCAUUCUGUGCUGGCCCUAAAAGGAGCAUAGACCAUUAUCAUGAAACUCUUGGCGAAGCAUUAUUGGGAGUUGAAUUAGAAAUAAGUGGUUUUGAAAUUCAUUUUAAAGCAAAUGCACCGAAAAAUCCCUACUGUGAUGUUGAUCUAAAUGAAGAGAAAUUGCAAGCCUUUGUGUAUGCAGUGAAAAAUCAUUAUUGGUAUCAAAUGUAUCUAGAUGAUUUACCAGUUUGGGGUAUUGUUGGAGAAUAUGAGGAAUCUGAUAACAGUUAUUAUUUGUGGACUCAUAAGAAGUUUGACAUUGGUUAUAAUGGUGAUCAGAUUGUUGAUGUGAAUUUAACUAGUGAAGCUAAAGUUAAACUAGAGAAAGGAAAGAAAAUAACCUUUACAUAUGAGGUAAAUUGGAAGUCAUCAAGUGUAAAAUAUGAUGAUAGAUUUGACAAGUACUUAGAUCCCAGUUUCUUCCAACACAGAAUCCACUGGUUCUCAAUUUUCAACUCUUUCAUGAUGGUUAUUUUCCUGGUCGGCCUUGUGAGCAUGAUCCUCAUGAGAACUUUGCGCAAAGACUAUGCUCGUUACAGCAAAGAUGAAGAAAUGGAUGACAUGGAAAGAGAUUUGGGUGAUGAGUAUGGGUGGAAACAAGUGCAUGGUGAUGUUUUUCGAGCACCUAUUUAUCCAGCGCUUUUUACUUCUCUUGUUGGAUCAGGAUACCAAAUAACUGUUGUCAUUUUAAGUGUGAUUAUAUUUUCAAUUCUUGGUGAACUCUACACUGAGAGAGGUUCUUUGCUGAGUACAUCAAUCUUUGUGUAUGCUACUACUUCUCCUGUUAAUGGCUAUUUUGGUGGCAGUCUCUUUGCUAGAAUGGGAGGUAAAAGAUGGAUCAGACAAAUGGUUAUGAGUGCAUUUCUUCUUCCCUCCCUAGUUUGUGGAACAGCUUUUCUCAUAAAUUUCAUUGCUAUUUAUUAUCAUGCAUCAAGAGCUAUUCCUUUUGGAACCAUGGUUGCAGUAACAUGCAUUUGCCUUUUUGUCAUUCUCCCUUUAACAUUAGUUGGCACAGUCUUAGGUCGAAACAUAUCUGGUCAACCAAAUUACCCAUGUCGCAUCAAUGCAGUUCCAAGACCCAUACCAGAAAAGAAGUGGUUUAUGGAACCCGGAGUUAUCAUAAGUCUUGGCGGUAUUCUUCCAUUUGGCUCCAUCUUCAUUGAAAUGUACUUCAUAUUCACAUCUUUUUGGGCUUAUAAAAUCUACUAUGUGUAUGGCUUUAUGCUCUUAGUGUUCAUAAUCCUAGCUAUUGUUACUGUUUGUGUCACAAUUGUUUGCACUUACUUCUUAUUGAAUGCAGAAGAUUAUAGAUGGCAAUGGACUAGUUUUCUUUCUGGUGCUUCAACUGCUGGAUAUGUAUAUAUGUAUUCUUUUUACUACUAUUUCUUUAAAACUAAAAUGUAUGGCUUAUUCCAAACUACUUUCUAUUUUGGAUACAUGGCACUGUUUAGUUGCGCACUUGGAAUUUUGUGUGGUACAUUUGGGUAUGUUGGAACCAGCAUAUUUGUAAGAAAAAUCUACUCAACUGUGAAAAUAGACUGAGCACUUGCCUGCUGUAUAUAGAAGUUGAACAAACGUUUCAGAGAAUGUUGUUGCCAUAUGAGGAUUCGAAAAAAGAAACUAAUUAUUUAUAAAUAUUUAAAAGGCAUUUUUUUCUUAUUUAGACCACCAACUCUGAGUGUAAUGGUACAUUUGAAGACAGAUUUUACUUCAUUAUGGUUUAUGCCUUACCAUAAUGUAACCAUGACUCUAGACUGUACCAUUAGGCGGGCAUUCUUGUUAAAAUGUGAUUAUUUUUUCUUUUUUAUAUAUUUUAUUUGUUAAAAUAGACUGAAUAUGCAAUUGGUGAUUGGUACACUGUGACCGAUUUUUUAGAAGCAAUAUUGUGUUGUUUGCAUAUUAACUAUUUAGUCGGACUUUUGUUUUUUAAUUUCAAUUGGUCUGGUAAAUAAAAAAGUUCUUUAUUAA